AUGGAGCACGGCAAAGUCGACGGAGUCGAGAGCGACUGCGGGGCGUCCGAUCUAGAUACUUUUGACGUGCUGGAGGAUUACCAGAUAGACAAGAAUGAUGCGUACGCAAGCUCUGAGCGUGGCGCGCCGCCGCCCUACUCUGAUUUGCACGAUGCAUUCGAGCAACUACUACACCAAUCGUCCGUGAUCAUGGUCCGGAAUGGCCUAAAACCUUUGGGCAACUACUUUGUAAAUGUAGUCAUGGGGCUGUACACCCCCGAUGGACGCAGACUCGGCACCAUGUCGUGUGAUCCUAUUGAAAAGCGCAAGUUUUACAACCCAGCGAACUAUUGCAUCCAUGUGGCAGGUCCAGAUGGCGAGGUCCUGCUCAAGAUAAAACGGCCCGGGCUGCACGUUGCUUUUGUAUAUGGGCCGGACGGGCACUGUAUCGGCUCCGUCACGAGAAGUUUGAGCAUUCCGCCAGCAUACGAAUUGCGCGCUACGGCACCGGAGACGGGCCGCCUCUCAGAGACGCAUUUUGGCGUGAUAAAAAAGAGCCUCAUGGCAAGACAGACGUAUCCCAUGACGUACCGAAAUGGCAGCGUAUGUGCUUCAUUUCAGUCCGUGCAAUUGAGCUGGAAACACAAACUUACCGAGUCGGGCGUGUUUCUCGUGCGCCUGGACGAGACACAAGUACCUUGCCCAUUGCGCAUACACACCAAGCUAGAAGAAGAUAAUCUCGAAACUGGGAAACCGAUUUUUGUGAACAACUGCAAGCCACUACCCCUCGGUCCCCACGCACACAAGCUAACGCCGCACGAGCGAAUAAUCAUGCUUUGUGCCGUUUAUUUUAUUGAUUGUAUGUACAAUGGCACUAUUGACCUCAGCUUCCGGCUCGAGCGUGCGCAUGUGUUUCAGGAGCGCCUGAUUCAAAUGCAGGCGGAAGAUUCGAAGCGUGCGCGCGAGGCAGGGAAAGGCGGGUCGAAUGGGCCGAGCUUGGGCCUGAUCAACACAGAAACAGGCGAGAUCAAUACCAAUGGCGCAAACCAAGCGAAGCAAUAG